GGGGGCUGCUGGGCUGAGGACCAGACGCGUCGGGUGCGGCCGCGGGGACCGGAUCUUCACACACGCUUCUUGCUCGCUUCUCUGCACCUCGUGAAGCCCAGAGUUGCGCGCAAUCCCGCGACUUGGGCCAUGAGCGUCUCGAACUCCGAACGCCGUCCGUCGGACCGGGGGCGCGUCUCCCUUGCGAUCCCGAAGGACCGUCUUGACCUCCCCUCGCCUGGCCUGAGAAACGCCUCUUGGCCCCGGACCCCGGACGAGGAUCCCGGUUUGCCCCCCUUUCCUCUGGAAGAGCCCGGCCCCAGGUCAAUGGCCCCAGGGAACCUUCCCUCUCCAGCCUUGUCCUUGGAGGAGGAGGAGGAGGGAGAUGAGGACGAAGAGGGCGCCGCGGAGCCGGAGGGGCUGUGCAGCGAGGAGCACCCGAGCCAGUUUUUCGCGGAGGCACAGCGGCUGCGGGAGCAGAGGUUGCUGCUGGAUGAAGAGGUGUCAGUCGGGGGGCGACUAUACGGGGUGCAUCGGGUGAUCCUGGCCGCAGUUAGCAGCCUCUUUCGAGGCAGGCUGCUGAACGGCAUUGGUCCGCGACCCCCCUUCUGCCUCGACGUGGCCCCCGGGGCCUGGGAGGCCGUGCUGACCUUUGCCUAUGAGGGAGUGCUGAGUCCCGCCCCGCUGGGGGAUGUGCUGGUCGCCGCGGAGGCCCUGGGAGCGCCCCGGGUGAAAGCCGCGGCCCAGAGGAAACUCGAGAGGGCUGGAAGCACCCAGAACGACGAAGAGCCGCCCAGCCAGGCAGAGGAGCUGAGGGAGAACCUGCGCAGCAUUGAGCUUUUAUACCAAGAGGGCGUCGGGUGUGACCUGGAGCUGGAGGCAGGCGGCUGCCGGCUGCGGGUGCACCGAGCAGCCCUGGCCUGCGGCAGCGAGUUCUUUGGGGCCAUGCUCCUGAGUGGGAUGAGGGAAUCCCAGGGCACAGAGGUGUCUCUGCACACCAUCUCUGCCCAGGACCUGCGACUCCUCGUUUCUUUUGCCUACUCUGGGGUUGUACGGGCAAGAUGGCCAGGACUACUGAGAGCUGCUCAGGCUGCUCUGCAGUACCAGAGUCCUUCCUGCCUGGCUCUGUGCCAGAGAGCCUUGGCACGGGGCCUCAGCCCUGCCCGAUGCCUGAUCCUCUACCCCAUGGCCGAAGCCCCCGGACUGGAGAGGCUCUGGAACAAAGCUCGUCAAUACUUGCUCACUCACCUGCCUGCUGUAGCUUUGUGCCCCACUUUCCCUUCUUUACCAGCUGCUUGUCUGGCUGAACUCCUGGAUAGCGAUGAACUACACAUGCAAGAGGAGUUUGAGGCCUUUGUGGCUGCACGGUGUUGGCUAGCUGCCAACCCUGAGACAGAGGAGUCAGAGGCCAAGGCCCUGCUUCAGUGUGUCCGCUUUGGCCGUAUGUCUACCAGAGAGCUUCGGAAAGUACGGGCAGCAGGCCUGCCUCCACCCCUUUCCCAGGACUUGCUGCAUCAGUUGAUGGUGGAGUCUGAGGUUCCAGGUAAAGAGAGGCGGAGAGAGCCUGAUCAGGCUUUGGUAGUGAUUGGCGGAGACAGCCUCAAAUCAGACUUGUCUGGAACAGAGCCUUCCCGAGGAGUGUGGUGGGCCCGGGCCUUCCGCUGUGGCAUUGGACUUGUUCGGACUGUGGAGUGGGGGCGGUUGCCUGCCCUACCUGACCCAGGGCGCUUCCGGCAUGGGGCUGCAAGCCUAGCAGGAAAUGAAAUUUAUGUGUGUGGGGGACAGGAUUACUACAGUGACUUCAACACCUUGGCUUCGACCCUCAGGUGGGACCCCAGUCAAGAGGACUGGGAGGAGAUGGCACCUUUGUACCAGGCUCGGAGUUUUUUCCCGCUGGUGGCACUGGAUGGACUACUUUAUGCUCUGGGUGGACGAGCCCAUGGUGUUGUUCUAAACUCUGUGGAGACCUAUAACCCUGAGCUCAAUGUCUGGAGGCCAGCACCUGCACUUCCAGCACCACGCUUUGCCCAUGCAGCAGCUAUUUUGGAGGGCCGAUUGUACAUGAGCGGUGGCUGCAAUGGGACUGGCCAAUACCUGGCCUCAUUGCUGCAGUAUGAUCCCAAACUUGAGAAGCCAGGGACACUUCUGAGCCCUAUGGGCAUACCUCGAGCUGGCCAUGUCAUGGCUGCUCUGGGUGGGCGGUUGUAUGUCGCAGGUGGGCUAGGUGAGACUGGUGACCUUCUGAGUUUUGAGGAGUAUGAACCAAAAACUGAUAGCUGGACUCGAUUGGCACCCCUGCCCUCCCCACAUGUGGGAGCUGCAGGUGCUGUGCUGGAGGGGGAACUCCUGGUGCUGGGGGGCUACAGCCACCUUACUUAUGCCCUCUCUUACCUCAUCCAUGCUUACUGUCCUGGCCUGGGCCGAUGGCUCUGCUUGGGAACUCUGCCAAGGCCUCGGGCCGAGAUGCCUGCCUGCAUCCUGACACGGCCCACUGUGUAGCACCAUAGCUUUAGGUCCCACACGAUACCAAACCAAACCUGCUGGGUGAGGUUGGGGCAACAGCCGUGGAUAGGGGAGGAGGGGAGAAGACACAUCAUGAGAGAAGGACAGAGAUGAUGGAGGGGAGAAAGAGAAGGCUUUAUUUAUAAUAGUACAUAUUUUAUCUUAGUACAAUGCUUUAAAACUCAUAAACUGCUUUUGAAUAUAUGAUCUCCCUGGAAGAAAGGUCUCCAGAAUUCCCGGGGAAAGGGCAUUGAAAAAGGGGAGAAGCUGAAUAGCCAGGCAAGGAAAGGAGACCCAGGAGCAACUCUAUAAGAUUUAGGGACCCUGGUACUAUUCUUAGUGGGAAAAGUACAUCUAACUGGGAAGACAGUUAAGAAGCUCCAGUAGCCAAAAGAGAGCUGGGCAAAUCACAAUUCUGCCCCAGGAAUCAAGGAGAAAAACAUGGAAAGGCCAUCCAUGAAUGAGUCAGAAAAGUCGAGAGGGAGAAAUCUAAUUGUCGAGCCCUUCCUUUCCUCAGGCUUUGCUCCUCUCUACUCACUAGUCCCUUGGACACCUGAACCCUCUUGAAAAUAUUCUUUCUCAGGUAACUUGUAGGUCCAUACUAGUGUUUCCUCAGUCCAGACACCAUAGGAUGCGCCUAAGAACCUCUUGGUUUUCAGUCUGAGGCAUUAGUCCCCACCUGGACCUGGCACAGCCCAGGGGCCUGGGACGCAGGGCGAUGAGGUGGGAGCGCUGCCUGUGGGGUAGGUGAGGAGGGCAGAGCCAAAGUGGGGAGGUGCCAUGGUGGCAAAGGGAUGAUAUGAGGUUUGAGGGGAUGGGGUGAAAGAAGUCAGAAGCCUGCCUGGCUUCUUCCCUUCCCUCUGGGGUGAACUGAGGUAUUAGGAGCGAAACGAGGAAAGUUGUGUGGGGUUGUGGGAGGAAGUGGUAGGGAGAAGAGUGAGGGGCAGAGAAGACCUGGAAAGCUGGGUUGCCUCCUUUCUGUGCCUUUCCUCUGGGCUUUUCUGAAUCAAUUUCUCUUUUUCUUGGCCAGGGAACGCUCAGUCAGAUGCUUUCUCUCUCACUUCCUCCAUCCUGCUCUUCCUUUUUUUCCUUCUUUCUUUGCUCUCCUCAUUUCUCCCUCACACUUAUUAAUUUCUUACUAUAUGCCACGCACUAUAUGAGACACUAAGGAUACAAAAGCCAGAGAGCUCCUGACAAGCAGACAGCCUUGUAAACAAAUACAAGUUUUUCAGUGGACUUAGAAGUGUUUUACAACUCAUAAACUGUCUCCUACCUCAUAGCUCUCAAAAUAUUGUACUGUACUUAGUGGUAUGAGAGCCCAGAGGAUGGAGAUGGAGGAGUGAACUCCGCACAGGGAAGGCUUCUGUUACAGAAGGCAUCGUUAUCAGAUGGGUGCAUUGGAUCUUGAAGGUUGUCUGAUUCGCCAGUCAGAGAAGGAGGAAGUCAUUCCUGGCAGAGAAAGGAUGCAAGUGGGGAAUGUAGUGUCCUGUGUCUCCAUAGCAAAUGGGACAUCAGAAUUCCAGUGGUUCUUCAGAGAAUUCUGCUGCUGUGGCCAACCCACUCUCUCCUCUGGAGGCUUUUUUCAAGACAAUGGCUUCACUUAAUGAUUGCAUAUGACCUCCCUCCACAGCUCCCCUAAAUCUUUUCUGUCUGGUAUUUCCAUUUCUGACCCUGGAGCAGCUUAGGACAAAGAAUGACAAAUUCUUUGCAUAGAUCAAUCUUCUAUUAUUAUUGUUUAUUAAGAUUCUCAUACUCCUGAAGGUGAGAGGAAGGAACCUCCCCUGUACCUUUCUUCAUACUGGCCCCAGAGAUACUUGGAAAAAAUACUUUUUGUUUCAUUAUUUUAUUAAGGUUUUUUCCUAAUUCUGUUUUGGAACAUAGUUGAAAAUGAGGAGGGGUAAGUAGGAAAUAUAAGAUAAAAUAAGAAAGAUUGAAGAAAAUGAGGAAGAAAUUGGAAGCAUCAAGAAACUAUAAGAAUUGAGUCUUUUGUGUGAACUAUGAACACUUUUUUAUGAUCUGUGCACAAAAACAGAUUUAAAUAAAAGUUUCCUCAUGAUUGAA